AUGGCACCAUCCGACGUUGUGAAAAUUCAUGAAACCACAAAAGUCACUCCUCCCUCAACCUUACCCACUGAGUUUUCUCUCCCUCUAACAAAAUACGACACUCUUUGGUUAAAUUUCUGUCCCGUAGAACGCCUCUUCUUCUAUCACAUCACUCACUUAACUUCUCAUUUCUUCAACUCAGUCAUCCUCCCCAACCUCAAGCUAUCUCUCUCUCAAACUCUCCUCCAUUAUCUCCCUCUCGCUGGUAACCUCAUCUGGCCCCAAGAUGCCCUAAAACCAUACAUCUACUACUCCCUAAACGAUGGUGUUUCACUCAGUGUUGCAGAAUGUAACGCCGACUCCACCCGCCUGUUUGACAAUCAUAUUCAUGAAGCAUUAGAGCUUCGUCCUUUCGUACCUGAGUUGUUUAGUUCUGAUAAUAAAGCAGCGAUAAUUUCUAUACAAAUAACUUUGUUUCCAAAUGAGGGGUUCUGCAUCGGCAUAUCAACUCACCAUGCCAUACUUGAUGGGAGAAGUUCAACCAUGUUUAUUAAAUCUUGGGCUUUUCUAUGCAAACUACGUCAAGAACAAGAACAACAAGAAGAAGUCUCUUCUUUACCUCCAGAAUUAACCCCAUGUUUUGACCGGACUCUCAUCAAAGACCCUAACGGGGUCGACAUGGUGUACGUGAAAAACUGGUCGGAUUUUGCAAAGUCGGAUUCGAAUCCCAACUCACAAAGUUUGAAGAUUAUGCCGAGCAUGGGAGGGAAACCCAGCUGGGUUCGAGCCACAUUUGAGUUGACCCAUCAAGAUAUUAAGGAACUCCGGAAUAAGAUAUCAUCUAAAAAUAUAGAGAAUAAAUCAAAACAGCUUCGUUUAUCCACUUUUGUGCUUACAUACGCGUACGUAUUCGUCUGCUUUAUGAAAACCAAAAGAGUAAAAGAUGAUACAAGUGUUAUUAUUGCCUUUACAGCUGAUUACCGGACCCGUUUAGAUCCUCCAAUUGUAACUAAUUACUUUGGCAACUGCGUUAUGUCACAUGCGCUCGUUGCAAAAGCAAGAGAAGUUAAGGAAGAAAAUGGGGUCGCCUUUGUUGCAGAGAAAGUGAGCGAUAUGAUCAAAGAGAUGGAGAAUGGAGUUCUUGAGGGAACCGAGGAUACACUUACUAAGUUUGUGAGAAUGAGGGAUGAGCAUCCAGGAGCACAAGGGGUUGGGGUAGCUGGGUCAACCCAAUUUGACAUGUACGGGUCGGAUUUCGGGUGGGGAAGACCAAAGAAAGUAGAGAUUGUGUCGAUAGAUAGAACCGGAGCAAUUGGUUUGACAAGGAGUGGAGAUGGAAGUGGUGGUGUUGAGAUUGGUGUGGUUUUGGAGAAGCAGGAAAUGGAGGAUUUUGCUUCAAUUUUUGGUGAUGGGCUAAAAAAUCUUUAA